UUUAAUGAAUACAGUCAUGCCUGUGUACCAACGGUUAAAUUUAUAUUAUUCUAGACAAGCUUCAGUCUUUUCGUUUUGCACUGAUAUAGAAUGAUGACAGAUAAUGCCAAUCAAUGGCGUGUUGUUGGAAGAUUUCGACAAAGACAACUUCUUGAAAGUAAUUCUAUGGUUUCAUUGAUGGAUCUUACUAGCUCAACCCCUCAGGACACGCCCAUACUUCUUUAUGAUAUGAAGCUUGAAGACGGAGAUGAAUUUAAGGUCCCAAGAUAUGUUGCCACGAAGAUCAAUACUCCGAAACCAAGUCAAAGUAUGAAUGUAAUAUCUCUAGCACCCCCAAAGGAUUUAUUUUCUGAAGGUAUGACCAUUCCUAAUUUUAACUCCCAUAUCCCUUCAUUGCCUUCUCCAAGAAUCAACAGAUAUUCAAAAAAUGAUUCUCAGCUACUUAUAUCUACUUUAAUUCCUUUCCCUUCGAAUUUUGCCCUUUUGAUACCGUUAUUACUUUUUUUUGCUGAUGUUACGCUCUUUGUGGUGAGCUUGGUAGCACAAAAUGUGCCCCCGGUCAACAUAGCUAAACUUUGCUCCAUUAUCAUUAUCUCCGGUGUUGUAGCACUGAUUCUCAUGAUAAACAAGGGUGUGUACUCAACUGCAUUUGCAUUGCAUGUAUUUCUAUGGCCCAAUAUAUUUUUGAUGUAUUAUCAUUUGCAUACAUUGUCUUUUUUCUUGUUUCAUGCCGUUUUCGUUAUUAUUGUUGUGGGUUUUAUUCUGAGGUUACGCCGAAGCUUAUACAAUACUUGUUGGGUGUUACAAUGAGCACCUCAACAAUAAGCCGCUUCCGCGCAAAAUAAUUUUAUGCUGCUGGGCUUGCUGAAACUGAUCCUAAUCCCUUUGAUUAGUCUGUCUUAUGAUCUUUUCAUCG